AUGCAGUACACCAGAGCGAAGCCAACUCUGCCGGACCUAUGGCUGGCGGUGAGACGAGGCAAUGCCAGGGCGGUGAACGUGCUCAUUGAGCAUAAUGUACUCCAAGAAAAUGGUGCUGACGAGUUGAAUUUGGAUGAACAUAAGAAGAGAGUAAAGGAAUUGAUGCGAAGUUCACUCGAGAUUGAUGGUGAUAAUAGACGACGACGAGGACGUAUAUUGAUCGAUGAGAUGGUGAAGGUGUUUGUGGAUAGAGAUGAUGAUUUCGUGGUUUGUUUUUAG